AUGACACAAAGUGCGAGAAUUAAAGCAAAAAGGAUAUUGAUGGCGAAAAGAAGAAAAAUUUUCAAGAAGCACCUUCCUGAUAAAGAUUACGGCCCAAAUGCUAAUUAUGUGCCCUUAGACCUGAACAGUCAAGAGUAUAUAGGAAAAGCAGAAGAUUUCUUAAAGACGCUAAAGAAAACAACUGAAGAAAUCAUAAGAAUAGAAAGAAAUACACUUGGCCAAACAUCCAAUCCAAAAUGGUUACAGGAAAGAUCUCUAAGAAUAACGGCGUCAAAUUUUGGACAAAUUUGUAAAAUGCGCCCCACAACUUCGCCAGUAAAUGCUGUGAAAAACCUACUGUAUGGAAACUUCUUUGGAAAUAAGGCAACUCGUUAUGGGAAAGAAAAUGAAGCAAAGGCUAUUGCUGAGUUCGAAAAGUCAUUCAAUCUAAAAGUUAGGAAGAUUAUUUCAUGUGCGCAAGUCCCGAUGGACUAG